CGUGGCUGCUCACCGAGCGGGUCCAGAGACGGUGGACGACCGGUACCGGAUGUCACCCAGUGAAAUAAGGGUUCUGCUGCUGAUCCUGGGUUCUCUGGCCGCAGACUCCGCACUCGGUGAUCCGUGUGUAACCCACACCGUCCUGGAUCAGCCCUGGAGGAGCACAGAUUGUUCCAGCACUGAGUGCACUGGCCGAUGGAUGGAUGAUGGAGAUCUUGUGGUGGGAUGGUACAGAUUUAACAGUUCCGGCGGACGGAAGAUUCCUGAGACUGUCGUUCCAGUGAAUCACUGCUCCGGGGAGAGAGCGGGCUGGUUAAACGGUUCCCAUCCCAGUGUGGGAGAGGGGGAGGUGACCAGGACCGUCUGCUUCACCUGGGACGGAAACACCUGCUACUGGAACCGGGAGAUCAGGGUGAAAAACUGCUCCGGUUACUUUGUGUGUCGGCUGAAGCCGUCACUCGACGGUCACUCUGUGUAUUGUACAGAUCGCCAGACUUCUGGAGGUGAAGGACACACAGGAUCAUCAACUAGAGAGUCCCCCCCAGGGACCGCCCCCUGCCCCAGUGGGGGAGACACCCCCAGGUGCGGCAGGUGCUGAGAGAGAAGCUCCCCUGCAGGUACCUCCAUCCCCAAGGCACAGGGCAAAGCACCGGGAACGACCAGAAGAAGGAAGGGAACUGAGCCGGAGCAGCCCGGAUCGGGAACACCCAACACCUCACGUGAUCGGCUCCCCACCCACACCCACCCACACACAGGGGCAGUAGUCUGUCCCCUAAAACACCACGCACUGCAGCACCUCACCAAGGCUCCUUCGGCUGCACCUUCCAAACCCACCACCUCUGCCAGCUGGAAGGACACGGGCAGCAGAAGCACAGGGACACCACUGCCUGCACGUUGCCCUCCAAACCUCACACCGUCCUGACUUGGAAAUAUCUCGCCAUUCCCUCACUGUCGCUGGGUCCAAGUCCUGGAACUCCCUCCCUGACACCUCGUGGGUCCACCCACAUCUCAAGGUCUGCAGUGGUUCAAGGUCAGGUCAUCACCUUGUCAGGGACAACUGUCGAUGGACAAUUAAUGCUGCUCAGCCUGCGAAGCCCAUGUCCCCGGAACAUA